AUGGCGCAAAAGGCAAAAAAGGACCGGGCCAAAUCCAACUCAUCAGCCCUCAACACCCUUCACAUCGGCUCUCUGACCGUCAACGUGCUCUUUUUACUGUCGCAUUUUCUCUUCCGUUCUCGCUCCCUCGUGGCCUACGGGCUAUUCAUCACACCUAGCAUCAUAUGCGAGUACGUUCUGGAGAUAUCAGGCCGCCCCAAGUAUGACGCCGCCACGGGAGCUCUCAAGACUGCUGGGGAGGACCUCUCUAACCCUGGCUUGACCGAGUACAUGUUUGACGUUGUUUGGGUGACAUGGGCAUCUGCCAUUGUCGUCAUGCUGUUCGGCAAUUGGGGAUGGCUAUUGUGGACAGUAGUCCCGGCCUAUGGUGUAUAUCUGGGCUCGGGGCUGUUGGGCAUGGGCAAGCAGAAGAUGGCGGAGAUGCAGGGCGGAAAUGGUGGUACGGCUGCUCCUCAGGGCAACCGGAGAGCACGGAGGGCUGCUUAA